AUGUGCGGCGGCCCAGCUGCCAGGCAUAUUUUCCGCAUGAGUCUGCACGUUGGCGACCUUCCGGUGAAACCCGACGCAGACUCGGGUACGACAGCAGUAUUCGGGGUUUCUAAAGAGUAUGGAUGGUUUAUUGCUCAAGUUGACGUUCAUUUUGAAGGGAAUUGCCGAGAUAAUAUGUUGGCAGUAUUCGAUACAUGCUCCUUGCCAUCAAGGCCAGCGUCUCGCAUUGAAUCUGAAGCAUACGUUUCAGCGCUGGCCCUCGUACAAACUCGCGUAACAGAGGAUCUUGGUGGCCUGGUCAAAUACCUACUACAUGACCUCAAUAACUACUUCCAAUCUGGCUAG